UACAGCUGCAGUCAGUUGCUGCAAUAUCCUUAUUUUGUGUCUUUCCAUUUCUGCAGUGGCGUGCCUCCAAAUUCCAACCUAGCAAACAUGGCAGAGAUCUUGGAUGUGCCAAUCAGUGGCACCAAUGGAAGUGCCACUGUUCAAGCUGAACAGAGCUUGAGUGUGCCACUCAGGGACACCAACGGAAGUGCCAGUGUUCACGGUGAAGAGAGCUUGGAUGUGCCAGUAAGUGAUACCAAUGGAAGCGCCACUGUUCAGGAUGAAACUUCUUCGGAAGGAAAUGAGUUAAUCAUCGUGGAUGAGAUGGACUCCUUGUGGGAUGAUGUAAAUACCAUGGUUGAUAUCUCAACAUUCGUGACGUACUCUGUCAUCAAAGGGUUUGUAAAAGAUGCCGAACAAGAAAUAGGUCAGCAGCUUGCUUCCAAGGAUGAAGAGAUAAGGUUGCUGAAUCAAAAGCUGAUGCAGCUUGGAAAUGGCAGCCUAAGUUUGUCUGGGGGUCGGGAUAGAAAAUAUGAUGAAGUUUAUAGUAUCCGCCAACAGCUUCAUGCCAUUUCCAAGUCACUCUUGAAUUCUGAGUGGGGUCUUUCGGGGUCCCAGUAUAACUUUGAUGGUGCAGAUGAUGUGAGUAAACUUAGAGACAAUGAACAUUCCUCCAGAAAUGGUUCUGCAAAGGUUGAAAGUGCUGGAGCCUCUCCUGAUGCGGCUUUCGCUGAUGCGUCAUGUUUGAAGCACUUGGAUAGGGAUGCUUUGAUAGCCCAUUUUAAUAAAGAGAUGAAUACUAUGAAAAGGAUGCAUGAUAAAGUCGUGGAAAUGAAGACAGAAGAGAUAUUUGCACUCAAGCGAAACCUGCUAAACAAAGAAGGAUCCAACCCAUGGCAUUUACGGAAUAACAAAGAAUUCGAGCAGAUUAGAAAGAAAAUUGGGGAAGUUAUGACAAGAUUGGAUGGCCUUCUCAUGGAGAAUAAUAAGAGAACCACUUCUGGCGUCAAGGCAGAAACAUUUGUUGGCCAACAAGACAAGAAAAAUGUUUUAGAUUCUGAAAUCCAGCAAAUACAAGGUGCUGCCACUAAUAAUCAAGUAGAAGUGUGUGCUUUUCCUACACAGGCAUCACACAUUGCAUCCAUAGAGGCAGAUCAUGCAAAGAAAAUUGGAAUGUUAGAGUCUGAUAUUGAAGAAGCCAGGAUGGCAACCAUGAUUAGAGAAGAGAUAGAGAUGAUUGUACUAAGAGAGUUCGUUAACGAAAUAGAAAUACGGUUGCAUGGUAAUGAGAUGGAGCAUAACAUGAAGCAAGACAUUUGCUCAGUUAUUCAGAAUUUUCAAUAG